AUGAAAGCCCCCUCCCCUGACCCUGCAUCAGAGUCUCAAUGGGGACACUGGGGCUGGAGGGCAGGGGAAGGAGGCCCCAGGGGAGGGGCUCCCUCCUGCUGACUGUGGCAGGAGCCACUUCCCUGGUGACCCUGUUGGUGGCAGUGCCUAUCACUGUCCUGGCUGUGCUGGCCUUAACGCCCAAGAAUCAGGGAGGACUGGUAAUGGAGACGUCUGACCCGGGAGCACAGGCCCAGCAAGGACUGGGGUUUCAGGAGCUGCUGGAGGAGGAGCCAGAAACAGAUCUCAGCCCCAGGCUCCCGGCUGCCCACCUCAUAGGGGCUUGGAUGAAGGGGCAGAGGCUAGGCUGGGAGGCCACGAAAGAAGAAGCAUUUUUGAGGAGCGGGACGCAGUUCUCCGACGCCGAGGGGCUGGCCCUCCCGCUGGACGGCCUCUAUUAUCUCUACUGUCACGUCGGCUACCGGGGUCGGGCGCCCCCUGCCGACCGGGGCCCCCAGCGCCGCUCGGUCACGCUGCGCAGCUCGCUGUACCGGGCCGGGGGCGCCUACGCGGGGCCGGGCACUCACGAACUGCUGCUCGAGGGCGCCGAGACCGUGACCCCGGUGCUGGACCCGAACGGGAGGCAAGGGCCUCUCUGGUACACGAGCGUGGGGUUCGGCGGCCUGGUGCAGCUCCGGAGGGGCGAAAGGGUGUACGUCAACAUCAGUCACCCCGACAUGGUGGACUACGCCAGAGGGAAGACCUUCUUUGGGGCAGUGAUGGUGGGCUGAGGGCUGCCCACGUUCCCGGAAAAAGGACUGAUGGUGCGAGCAUGUGAAUAUUGGGGGCCCAGGUACCGGAGACUCCAUGGCAAUGGGAAAAUUGUGGGAGACUGGAAACUGAUUUUUGAGCCUGAUGAAAAUAAAGAGAGUAAAGCUGCAGUGCUGCCAAUA